CCCUCAGCCUCGAGCAAGGGCCUGAAAAAGCCUCGAGGCGGGUUCGGUUCUCAGGCGCUGUCUUUAGGAAGCCCGCGGGGCUUAAUGGGCUAGAGUCUCUCGGCAAGAAAAGUUCUGCGAGGCGGGGGUCCUCCUAGCGUGUCACGUCUGAAUGGCCGGCUCUUUCGCGACGCAGCCUACAGGACGCUUUUCACAACACUACUGUGGGAGUCAAGCUCUGCGUUCGGGAUGUUGCCAACCUACAGGUGGUGGAUGCAGAUCUCCCGGAAUUUCAGUUGAUCUCCAGAGUGCCAGUACAGAGACUGGGAGUGAGAAUAAAAUCGUGCCCACAGAUUCCAGCACAGGGCCGGUGGAAACUUCUGGCAAACCAUUGCCUUUCAAGGCACCUAGCUUCACUCAUUCUGGCAUUGGAGGAGCUGCAGCUGGAAAGAAGAACAGAACCUGGAAGAACCUGAAACAAAUCCUUGCCUCUGAAAGGGCAUUGCCAUGGCAACUAAAUGAUCCUAGUUACUUCAGUAUUGAUGCUCCUCCUUCUUUUAAAGCAGCCAAGAAAUACUCUGAUAUUUCAGGACUUCCUGCAAACUACACAGACCCACAAAGCAAGCUGAGAUAUAGUACUGUGGAAGAAUUUGCUUAUAUUCGGAUGCUCCCUUCGGAUGUUGUUGCUGGCUACCUCACUUUAAGAAAAGCAACGGCUGUGGUUCCUUGAGAAGACAAGUGGAGCCAACACUUUGUUUGAAAAGCAGAUCAUAAGAAUGAGUCUUUUGACAAUGGAGGGAGAUAGAGUGUGUGUGUGUAACAGAUUAAAGAUGCUGAGAGCUAAGAUAUGGAUUCUAAUUAUUGAUUUAAACAUGUAAAUAUUUACUUGCUUCUGUGAAGCUUAACAUGUUGCAAGAAAAGCCCUGAGUGUUCAGCAUUGCUGUAUUUGAAUAACAGGCUCAGAGGGAAGUCAAGUGGUGCAUAAUGCAAUCGAUGGUUUUUAAAUCAGACUUGAGUAAAGAAUUCUGUUCGGGAGUUAGAAGAGCCAUAUACUUUAAGCUUUAAUGUCUGUAAAAAACACAAAAUAUUUGAUGAAAAAUAGCAGUCCCCCUCUCAAAUUCCAGACCUGGUUAACAAAAAAAGGUAGAGCAACCUUAACUAUUAACAAUCAAACAUAACUAUCAUUAGAUAACACACCUUCAUUGUGUACUUAGGCAAGUGCACCGAAAAGGCCCUUUUCACACUGCUCACCUUCACUCGCAACAACGCGAAACAGCGUGCUAAAAAUGCAGAUGAUCACAUUUUCUUGUGCGAGAUUUGCGCUACAUCAUGGAAAUGUCGCGUGAGAAAAUGCGAUCUUCUGUGUUGUUUGCGCGAUCUUCCACGUCGUUGCAAGUGAAGGUAAGCAGUGUGAAAAGGGCCAAAUUUUUGUUCUGCAAAUACUGCAUUCUUAAAACUGUAUAACUGGCCAAAAACAAUACUGCUUAAUUGGCGUAAAAUCUCUGACGGCAAAAAUUUUAUCCUAAGGGUAUUGCUUCUUUUCAUUUAGUGGCUGGUAUCCACUGUGGUCCACAUUUCCCUCAGUACCUGAGUUCACAAUGGAACUGUUUUCCCCAAGAUAGAGUUGGGAUAGGUUAUCUCUCCCCCCGCCUUCUGAAUUGGAAAGUAAAAAGUGUCUGCUGCAACACCAUGUGAUUUUUGCCAUACUUGGGGCUGGGAUGGAGAGUCCAUUUGAAUGACUGACAGUCUGACAUGGGCCUGUUACCCUCAUUCCCACAGGGAAAAUCAUGGAGUGGUCCAGGAAGUAGAUCCUACAGCUAGCAUUUCCUGGUUGCUUGCCGAUUUAAAAACACUAUAACCAUGUGAUGUGGCCAGGAGACAGAGAAGCACAUAGGUAUGAAAAGUAUCCAUUCUUGGCCAUCCGCUUUGCUGAAACACACCUGCUCCCAUAGGAAAGCAGUUAGUAAUUCAGAUAAAAGGUUUUGUCCUGAAUGGCUGUCAGUCAACUCAGAUGCCUAAUGCAAACCCAGAAGCUAACUUAGAUCUUUGUGGUGUGGUGGAUUCAUUGACCUUGUAAACUCUAGUAGUCAGGAAUGACCACUUACCCAAACUUUCUCCUGGGCUACUUUCUGUUUCUCAGGCCCAAGAACAGCAAAUUAGGUGUCCAGUGUUUUUGGCCAGGCCUGCUGUCUGGAGAUGCUACCCAUCUGGAUUCACUGCCUGGAUCCCUGCCAUCUUUUUCCUGGGGGAAACGAGGUAACUUUCAUGUGGAAUAAAACCUCUGUGCUUUGUAACUGUCUACUUCCUGGGUACCAGGGCAAAAUCAGGGACGUGAUUUUAAGCAAAGUGAAUGUCAGAACCUAAUACAUGGACCACUAUGUCAGUUUUUUCCCUGGGGAAAAGUACUAGACAUUUUGUGUUAGACUGAUUUGCAAAAAUUAUUACUUAGUACUGCUUGGAAAACUGGCACUUAGUAAUCAUAAUGAAGAUGGGUUGAUAACUCAGUAGUUCUCAACAAAGAGAUGUCUUUGAUUCCUAAGCUCUGUAAAAAACCAGGGUCUUUAGGUUUGUUUGCAUUGGCAAAAAGCCAGUUGUGACAGGCAUCUAUUGGCUAAUGCCCAUGUAUCACCAAUACACUUCCUCAAAUGCCAGGAGCAAUUCUGUAGUUGUUAGUUUUAAAAUAAUUGUAGUUUUAAAAUAAUUGUGAUUUUAUUUUGUAAGGUAAAGUAUAUCUAUAUACGA